AUGGCGAAUGCUCGUCUUCUGGUUCAAUUUCUCUUCGUAGUCUCCAUCUUCCACGUCUCCUCUGCUGGUAGACGACUCACUGAGUUAGUCAGCGACGCGUCUAACCUUUUGCAAUACCACAACGGUGCUCUCCUCACCGGAGAUAUCUCCGUCAAUUUCAUCUGGUACGGCAACUUCAAACCGUCGCAGAAAGCCAUUGUCUCCGAUUUCAUCACCUCACUCUCCUCCGGAUCCGGAAUUUCUCCAAAAUCUCAGAUCGAACCAUCCGUCGCCACGUGGUGGAAGACCACCGAGAAAUAUCAGAUGAAAUCAAAGAAGCAACGUUCACUUACACUCCGACUCGGUAAACAAAUAUCCGACCCGGCUUAUUCUCUUGGAAAGUCGUUGACGGACGAGCAUCUGGUUCAGUUAGCUUCCAAAGGGGAGUCAAGGAACGCUGUUAACGUCGUGUUAACGGCAUCCGACGUGGCAGUUGAUGGGUUUUGCUCCAGCAGAUGCGGGACCCACGGAUCCUCGUCAUCAUCUUCGAAGAUUCCCAAUGGGAAAGGAAAGAAUUACAAAUUUGCGUACAUCUGGGUUGGUAACUCGGAAACUCAGUGUGCGGGUCAAUGCGCGUGGCCAUUCCACCAGCCGAUCUACGGACCACAGGCUGCACCGCUGGUGGCACCCAACAACGAUGUCGGUCUCGACGGAAUGGUCAUUAAUUUGGCCGGUUUAUUGGCUGCUACAGCCACCAACCCAUUUGGAAACGGUUAUUAUCAGGGGGAUGCAAGUGCACCGUUAGAAGCUGCAUCCGCAUGUCCUGGUGUGUAUGCUAAAGGAGCUUAUCCUGGGUACGCAGGGGAUUUGUUGGUGGACUCGACAACAGGUGCAAGUUAUAAUGCACAUGGUACAAACGGCAGAAAGUACCUGCUUCCAUCCUUAUACGACCCAUCAUCCUCCACUUGUUCCACAUUGGUUUAA